AUGAAGGUGGCAACCGUUUGCUUAGCCAUCGUGGCCCUUGUAGGCAACGCAGCAGCCGUUUCCUACCCUUCACAAACCUGUCCCACGAAUGAGGUUCUGGUGGCUUCGCCGCCAUGCUGCGAACCAACCUGCGAUUGUGACUGUGAUUAUACGUCUUGUCAGCAGUUACUCGUCUACCAGCCGACUUGCGUCUGUAUGACCGGAUACGUACGUUUCGAUGGCGAAUGCGUUCCAAAAUCGUGCUGCCCUGUUCCCGAAACCGAGCCACCGUGUCCAACAACGACGGCGGCUCCCGUAUACCAACCACCGUCAUGUGGAUGCGGACAGAAUCCUUGCCAUUGUGCUCAACCUGCUUAUCAACCUGCUCCCGUCUACAAUCCAGCACCUGUAUACCAGCCGUGUGAAACUACACAAGCUCCGGUAGUGACCACCACCUGUUCCUACCAGCCUGCCCCUCCUGCUCCUGUCUAUGAACAGCCAUCGUGCGGCGGAUGCGGCCAAUAUCCUUGCCAGUGUGCUCAACCUGCUUAUCAACCUGCUCCCGUCUACCAGCCGUGUGAAACUACACAAGCUCCGGUAGUGACCACCACCUGUUCCUACCAGCCUGCUCCUGUCUAUGAACAGCCAUCGUGUGGCGGAUGUGGUCAAACACCAUGUCAUUGUGCUCAGCCUGCUUAUCAGCCUGCUCCUGUCUAUGAACAACCUUCGUGUGGCGGAUGUGGCCAAUAUCCUUGCCAGUGUGCUCAACCUGCUCCCGUCUACCAGCCGUGUGAAACUACCACCGUAUAUACUACGCCCGCCUGUGAAACACCUAAGCCACCAACCUGUGCGCCCUGCGAGCAGCUGGUCUUCGCACACCCGUGCUGUGAACCAACCUGUGACAACGAUUGCUCCGGUGUACAUUGCAACCCGCUGCUGCUAGUAGAGGAGCCAACCUGUGCAUGUCGACCCGGUCUCGUCCGGUACCAGGGUCACUGUGUUGAACCUUCCGUCUGUCCGCGGAGUGCUUCCCGCUAUCGGCUGUUUGUACCGAAGACUGUUUCGUGUGCCUGUAACAAGCAGAAUGUCGUUGUUUACUAA